CGUGCACCUUAUUGUCCCCAAAAGCGACACCUAGCGGGCAAUUGCCGAACAAAAUCAGUUGCUUAGGCAUGAACCCCGACCCCUGCCUGAUUGACAGUAGGACAGUUGGUGUUGUGUUGUCAUUUGGCCCAUCAGAGGAAGUUCGGUCUGGGAAGAGCGCCAUGAUGAACAAAAUGACAACAUAGGCCACUGUCCUAGGAAAGGAAAUCUUUCUUUUUGAUUUGGACUGUGCAGCAAGCCGGAGGUGAGCCGAGAAGACAACUGGAAGUGAGCUUAACGAGCAAGAAAAAAAAAAAGAAUUAAAAAAAAAGUGCAGCCGCGGUCGUGUAGUGUUGGUGUUGUUGUGUUGCAUUGCUACAAAGACUGCAUAGCAAGUGGAUGAUGACACAAAACCGAACAAUCCAAAGAGGGAUGAAACCUCUAAAAGCCUAACAUUGAAAAAGGCACUUUUAUUUUAAAUGAUGAACAAGAAAAUGAUCUGAAUUCUAAAAGGAAAAAAAAAAACAGACCAAAGCAAAAUCAUUCGAUUCCUUUAUUGCAAAAAAAAAAAGAAAAGAGAAAAAAAAACAAAAGCUUCUGAUAGCUAAACAGGAAAAAAGAAACAUCUUACAAACUGAAUUAACAAACAACCUUAAAAAUUACCUUAAAAACUAUCCUUGAAACUACCUUAAUACCUAGCUCUAAAGAGUGAAAAAAAAAAAGAAACUGAAUUAAAACCACUUAUUGAAAAAUAAAUUCCAACUAAAAAAAAGAAACUUAAUUAUAAACUUAAUCAAAAAGAAAACAACUUAAUCAUUACGCUAAAGCUUAAACUAAUUAAAAGUAAAACAAAAAAAAACGCUGCUCACCAACGGCUCAUCUCUGCACCAGCGUGGGACUUCCUUCAAAAGCACUCGCAGACCGCAGUGCUCCAGGCAAUGGUAUUGACCAGGCAAGGAAGUAGGCAACAGUCGGAGAUGGAGAACGACGUUCCAGUUUCCACAUCGGGAGCAGACACUCGUCCGAUGGCAGAAAACACCGCUGUGACCGCUUCGACCGCAAUCCAUAGCAGCGCCGCUCUAACCACCACGACAACAUCGUCUAUAGCACCACAUGUAUCAAGUGACGUGUCAUUUAAUUCUGAUGUCCUAAACAAUACAGUGAUUUCACCCGCCUUCGCUAGCCAGACAGCGCAAGGCAUACGCAGAGACUUCCGAAGAGAGAACAUGGAGUUCCAGAUGGAACCAGGAUAUGGUGAUGGCAUACACGAAAUGAUCGCAUCCGUUGGCGUAGCUCAAGCGCAGUUGAUGAGGAGCGUGGAGGAAAUAAUGCAAUUGGGGAGUGCAUUAAACCAGCGAAUGGAUAGUGUAAGGCACAGUAUUCCGCCCAUAGCGGCACUUCAGCCUCCUCCGAGUAUGCCUAGACCAGAUGUUCACGUCAGAGCAGAGCACCAAGGUAUGCCGCCACCACCAAGAUUUGACCAAGCUAGGGAGUCCGGCCAGUGGCCAGGUUUCCGCAAUCCACCACCUUUGACGGGGCCAGGAACAGCAAAUAGGCCAGCACCCAACAACAAUGCUUAUAUACAUGAGCGCUUCAAUCGCGAUGUAACGCAACCACCGGAAGCUUUUUACUGGCAGUCUUCACAAAAUACGCCUUAUUCAUAUAUACCAUCCCCAGGUCCAAGAAUGGAUUUGCAGAAAUGGGGAAUAAAGUUUGACGGCAGCGGCAAAACGAUGGAUGCCGAAGACUUCGUGUUCCGAGUAGAAUCAAUGAGGCAGGAUUAUGUAUAUCCUUUCGAAGCGUUGGUUAAGAAUUUUCCACAACUGCUAGAUGGAACCGCUUUAGAUUGGUACUGGCAGCAGCGAAGAAUUGCGCCUUUCCAAAGCUGGGAUGAUCUGAAAAAUGCCUUUUUGUGCCAAUUUAGACGAUUCGAGAGCGAAUUUCAGAUUCAAAAAAGAAUUAUGGACCGCCGUCAACAACCACAAGAAUCUUUUGAAGAUUUCUUCAAUGCUGUUGUGAAACUUAGGAAUCAGCAGAGAUUUCCGUAUUCUGAACGUGACCUAGUGGAGAUAAUGAAAGGCAAUUUGAAAUCUGCCUUGGCAGCUCUGAUUUUUCCCAUAAAACUCCGUGGCUUGAACCACUUCAGACAGGAAGUAAAGCGUGCAGAAAGCAUGUUAGCUAACCAGCGGCAAGCCUACCAACAAAGGUCUUUUCAAGCUCCAAGAGUGCAUGAGCUCUACUACGAAGAAGCAAAUAUGGAGACGGUGCAUGAAGCGGUGAACCUAGAGGUGGACGCCUUGAAAGACACUACCAAAUACACCUGCUGGAAUUGUCGGAAGUCGGGUCACAGCUACAUAGAGUGUCCUGUACCCAUGGGUCGAGUUUUCUGCUUUCGAUGUGGUAAAGAGGGAGUUGUUACGCCAAAGUGUCCUAAGUGUCAGGGAAACUUGACACGGAGCGCGCCUCGUACUGCGGAAGCGCGUUCCACACAGACAGAGAUCCCGCAGCAGUAAGAGAGGAUUCUGAAGAAACACCUGACAUUUCCAAUACAACUCCAAUUACAAUUCUGGUUAAUCCAGAAGCGAAAACCUUGAAGAUAGAGAGCCAGGUUAGAGAGUUGAAACCCUUGCAUGUGCGUGUGAAGGAAUAUGAAGAGGCUAGAGCAAGAAUUUUUGGUCAGGUUUCUACAAAAGUUAAAAGAGCGCGAGAACGUUAUAAGCGCAGGAAACAGAUCCGUCACGCUAUUGCUUCUGCGUCUUUGUAUGAAGGUGACGAUGCGAGGCUUUACACGAAAAUUCGAAUCCAGGGCGCUGAUAUAGAGGGUUUGCUUGAUAGUGGUGCCACCGUUUGUUGCCUAGGUAAGGACUGCAUUGAAUUUACAAAGAGAGUUGGCAUUGAAGUCCAGAAUUUCUAUUCUUUCAUUAGCACUGCUGAUGAGACCCCACACAGGAUGGUUGGCAAAUUUAGCGUUCCAAUUACCUUCAAUAACCGAACCCGGGAGAUCACUUUCUACCUUGUACCCACUUUGAAGAAAGAACUAUUCCUCGGAGUAGAUUUCAUGAAGGCCUUCGGCUUGUUCGCAUCGGUGGAAAGCCUUACUACCAACAGUGUUAGCUUAUGUGAUGAAGCGGAUGGUGGGGCUGAUGAUGACAAAAAGA